AUGGCAACCGAGGACCUGAUCGAGAUUGAGAAAUCCUCCAAGUCACCUUACAGCACAGCCGACCUGGAGGUGGAGCAAGGUCGCCUCAAUGAAUUGCAUACAAAGGAGGGUGACUUGGCAGACAAGGAAGUCUACGACUAUGAGUCGGACCACUCACCAUUCCCCGAGGUGCGCGCGGUUGUACCUGAGACAGACGACCCAAGUAUGCCCGUCAGCACAUUCCGAAUGUGGCUCCUUGGCUUCAUCUUCACAAUGGUGGGCUCUGGCAUCAACCAAUUUUUCUCGCUACGUUAUCCGUCGGUACAUAUCGUAUCCUUGGUGGCAGAGCUGCUGGCUUAUCCCUGUGGGGUCUUCCUGGCUAAAGUCUUGCCUAUGUGGACUAUAAGUCUCGGACCCUUGGGCAGCUUCUCUCUCAAUCCAGACCGCCUGUUCAAUAUCAAGGAGCACGCACUGAUUGUGAUCAUGAGCAAUGUCUCGUUCGGCUAUGGGAGUGCGGAUUCUACCAACAUUAUUCAGGCUUCUAGCUCCCAGUUCUAUAAUUUUGGUCUAUCAGCUGGCUUCUCGGUCCUGGUCGUCCUUUGCGCACAACUCCUGGGAUUUGGGGUCGCUGGACUCGCUGCUCCAUGGCUCGUCGAGCCAGCGAGAAUCGUGUGGCCACAGGUUUUAUCGAAUUGCGCGAUGCUCGAAACGCUUCAUUCGCGUGCAAAUAGCGUCGCCAAUGGCUGGAAGAUCUCCCGUCUCCGGUUCUUCCUCUAUGUCACCGCAGCUGGCUUCGUAUGGUACUUUUUCCCCGGGCUCAUGUUCACUGCUCUCUCAUACUUCACCUGGGUGUGUUGGAUUGCACCUCGGAACAAGAUUGUGAACCAGCUGUUCGGCAUGCAAACCGGCCUGGGACUGAGCCCUAUCACCUUCGACUGGAGCCAGGUCGCAUACAACACCAACCCUCUGCUUUCGCCAGCCUGGGCUGCAAUCAACGUCUUUGCUGGAUUUGCGGUGUUCUUUUGGAUCGUUGUGCCGGGCAUCUACUACUCUAACACUUGGUAUACAGCUUACCUUCCUCUCAUGACAGCCGACGUCUACGACAGAACGGGUGCCGAAUACAACACUACCCGCGUUAUCAGCUCACAAAACACACUGGAUGUUGAGGCAUACAAGAACUAUUCUCCUCCGUAUCUCCCAGCCACGUACGCCUUUGUCUACGGACUGUCAUUUGCAUCCAUCACCGCAGUCCUGACUCACAUCGGAGUUUGGCAUAGCAAAGAGAUCUGGGCUGCCCUCAAAGGAAAGAACAAGCUGGACAUCCAUGCCCGUCUGAUGAAGAACUACAAGAACACCCCAUGGUACUGGUACGCAGCCAUCAUCGCGGUGAUCACAGCUAUCGCGAUCGUCGUGGUUGAAGUCUACCAUACGAAGCUCCCCGUGUAUGGCGUGUUUCUUGCUCUCAUCGUCCCAGCAAUCUACAUGAUCCCCUGUGGCAUCAUACAGGGCAUCACUAACGUAGACGCCAAUCAACUAAAUGUCCUGGCUGAGUUUGUCGGCGGCUACAUGUUCGAGGGCAAGCCCCUUGCCAACAUGCUGUUCAAAAUUCUGAGCACCGAUGUGGUAGGUCAAGGCGUCUACUUCGCCAUGGACAUGAAACUGGGCCACUAUCUAAAAAUCCCCCCCCGAACCCUCUUCAUGGCCCAAGGACUAGCCACCAUCCUCGGGGCCUUGACACAAGCUGGCGUCACCAUCUGGAUGCUCGGCAACAUCAAGGAUAUCUGUUCCUCCGAUCAAGCGGACGGAUUCACCUGCCCCAACGGCCGCACCGUCUACUCUUCCUCAGUGAUCUGGGGUCUCGUCGGCCCGCGUCGUCUCUACUCCGUCGGCAAGAUCUAUUCAUCCUUGCUGCAUUUCUUCUGGAUUGGGGCCAUCGCCCCGCUGGUCACAUACGUCUUGUAUAAGUACACCCGCAACCGCUUCUGGAAGCUGGUCAACUGGCCCCUCAUUUUCGUGGGCACCUACAACGUCCCACCAGCAACCGGAAUCAACUACUCCAGCUGGGCCCUCGUCAACUUCAUCUUCAACCACCUCAUCAAACGCCGCUUCUUCGCCUGGUGGACCAAGUACAACUACAUCCUCGCCGCGGCGCUGGACACCGGCCUCGCCCUCAGCGGCAUCGUUAUCUUCUUCUGCAUCUCCUACCCGGGCGCCGUGUUCCCCGACUGGUGGGGCAAUACUGUCUACCUCAACACGGCAGACGGGGACGGGGUCCCGUGGAAGGAGAUGCCGGCCGCUGGGUAUUUCGGGCCCGCGAACGGGACCUGGAGCUGA